AUCCUGGACAGAAUGGAGGCACACACAGAGACAGGCUCUGAAUUGGAGCUUGGGGACCAGAGGGUCCUAAUCGACAAUCCUGCUGACAUCUUGGUUAUUGCCGCUUAUUUCCUGCUGGUCAUCGGUGUUGGCUUGUGGUCUAUGUGCAGAACCAACAGAGGUACAGUUGGUGGCUACUUCCUGGCAGGGCGAAGCAUGGUGUGGUGGCCGGUUGGAGCGUCUCUCUUUGCUAGCAACAUUGGCAGUGGCCAUUUUGUGGGCCUGGCAGGGACUGGUGCUGCAAGUGGCUUGGCGGUGGCUGGAUUUGAGUGGAACGCACUGUUUGUGGUGCUGCUACUUGGCUGGCUCUUUGCGCCUGUGUAUCUGACCGCCGGUGUCAUUACAAUGCCACAGUACCUACGCAAGCGCUUUGGUGGGCACCGAAUUCGUCUCUACUUGUCCGUGCUCUCACUUUUUCUGUACAUCUUCACCAAGAUCUCGGUGGACAUGUUCUCCGGGGCGGUAUUCAUUCAGCAGGCUCUGGGCUGGAACAUUUAUGCUUCUGUCAUUGCACUCCUGGGCAUCACCAUGAUUUAUACUGUGACAGGAGGGCUGGCAGCACUGAUGUACACAGACACUGUGCAGACCUUCGUCAUUCUUGCUGGGGCCUUUGUCCUCACUGGUUACGCUUUCCAUGAGGUGGGCGGGUAUUCGGGUCUCUUCGACAAAUACCUGGGCGCAAUGACUUCACUGACCGUGUCCGAGGAUCCAGCUGUUGGCAAUAUCUCCAGUUCCUGCUAUCAACCGAGGCCAGACUCCUAUCACCUACUCCGGGACCCUGUGACAGGAGACCUGCCAUGGCCUGCACUACUCCUAGGGCUCACCAUUGUCUCGGGCUGGUAUUGGUGUAGCGACCAGGUCAUAGUGCAGCGUUGCCUGGCUGGAAAGAACCUGACACACAUCAAAGCUGGCUGCAUCUUGUGUGGCUACCUGAAGCUGAUGCCCAUGUUCCUCAUGGUCAUGCCAGGCAUGAUCAGUCGCAUUCUUUACCCAGAUGAAGUGGCGUGUGUGGUGCCUGAAGUGUGUAAACGUGUAUGUGGCACCGAAGUGGGCUGCUCCAACAUCGCCUACCCUCGGCUCGUUGUGAAGCUCCUGCCCAAUGGUCUGCGUGGACUCAUGCUGGCAGUCAUGCUGGCUGCCCUCAUGUCCUCACUAGCAUCAAUCUUUAACAGCAGCAGCACACUUUUCACCAUGGAUAUCUACACACGCCUGCGGCCUCGUGCAGGUGAUGGGGAACUGCUGCUGGUUGGAAGGCUUUGGGUGGUAUUCAUUGUGGCAGUGUCAGUGGCCUGGCUCCCAGUAGUGCAGGCAGCACAGGGUGGGCAGCUCUUCGAUUACAUUCAGUCUGUCUCCAGCUACUUGGCACCGCCAGUGUCUGCAAUCUUUGUGCUUGCACUCUUUGUGCCCCGUGUUAAUGAGAAGGGUGCCUUCUGGGGACUGAUUGGGGGCCUACUGAUGGGCUUAGCACGUCUCAUCCCCGAGUUCUCCUUUGGCUCGGGCAGCUGCGUGCGGCCCUCAGCAUGCCCAGCGCUCUUCUGCCGGGUCCAUUACCUCUAUUUUGCCAUUGUGCUCUUUGUCUGCUCUGGCCUCCUCACACUUGUAGUCUCCCUGUGCACCGCACCCAUCCCACGGAAGCACCUCCAUCGCCUGGUUUUCAGUCUCCGGCACAGCAAGGAGGAGCGGGAGGACCUGGAUGCUGAUGAGUUUGAAGGCCCAACCUCUCCCCCCGUGCAGAACGGGUACCAGGAACAUACAGUACAGAUGGAGGAGCCUCAGUCCCCAGCACCUGGCCUGUUCCAUCGGUGCCUGCUCUGGUUCUGUGGAAUGAGCAGGGGUGGGGCAGGGAGUCCUCCACCCCCUACUGAGGAGGAGGUGGCUGCAGUAGCCAGGCAGCUGGAGGACAUCAGCGAGGAUCCUGUCUGGGCCCGUGUGGUCAACCUUAAUGCCCUGCUCAUGAUGACCGUGGCCAUAUUCCUCUGGGGCUUUUAUGCAUGAAGUCAAAUGAAUUGGAUGACAUGAGCUGCAACCAGGGCAUCCCUGAACCUCACAAAAAGUAGGGGUGGGGAGCUUGUAAUGGAUUCUGGAAAAAGGGCAGGAAUGGGGCAGGCAGAUACUGGUUCCCUUUCUCUCGGCCUGGUGUCCAGGCCAUUGGAUCGGUCAUCACUUCCCACAAGGUGGUGGCCAACUGGCCCUAACAGUUGGUCUACUUAAAAAUAAAGCCGUCUUGCUGACAU